AUUUUUCAAUCUUUCUAGCCAUUGGUUCUUUCUUGUUCUCGACUUUUGCUGUCCAACUGCUGAUCUCGACCAUUGGGUUCCUGCCAUGUUCAGCUAUGCUAAACCGAAGCCACUGCAGUAGAAACAUUCCCCGCACUUUUGCCUUGGUGGGUUUGUCGCUAGUAUCAACCUUCCUCGCUACAGCCGUGCUGCUCGGUGUGAAACGCUGCGACCCUUUGCAAUUUUUUCAGGCGGAGAAUCCCGUCUCUUCCACACCAGUCCAUGGGAAUCAGUAUGCUUUCCAGGACGCAUCUUCCUACAAUGUUUGGGGCUCACGAGGGGCCAGCUACGCCUGGCCAGUUUCGGUGUCCGAACAUCGCAAGUGUCGCCAUCCGUGGAUUGUCAAAAUCUGCCGGAAACCCAGAAAGCGGUUUCUGAUCCUUUCCUAUCUGGGCGAACCUUAUCCCAUGCUAAGUGACCCGCCAUCGGAUGGACUGUCUCAUUUCGGAUGCUGUGAUGGAGUGGACAUGGUUUACACGAGCAACAAAUCGCUAUUUGCCAUAGCUGAUGCUGUGGAAUUCCCGGCCGCUAACCUUCCAACGAUGCCGACCAGGGCCAACAAAUAUCAGAUUUUCAUGGCAACUAGCAAUGAAGCACCCUACACGGUGGAACGCCCGGAGAGGAUGGCAGAAAUCAACUUGCUUAGGACGUUUUCCAGUCAUGCUGAUAUUCCACAUUCGUUCAUGCAGCCUGGCGAGUGCUUCUGUGCACGAUUCCUGAAGCCCCUGCAGGUGAGGUUUGCACAGCGGAAGUCCGUACCUGUGUCGGCGCUGGUCAGCAAUUGUGCAUCGCAUGGAAAGCGCCAGGCAGUAUUGAAAUAUCUCAUGGCGAAUAUAGAAGUGCAUAGCAUGGGGUCGUGUCUACAUAAUUUCAAGUCAAAUGUCAGCGAUCCUCAGCAGUAUCUGCAGCAGUAUCUGUUCAACUUUGCUGUGGAGAACGCCAUAUGCCUGAACUACAUCACGGAGAAGUUUCAACGUCCACUGAUUCUAGGAACCGUUCCCCUCGUGGUCUCCCAAUCUGGUCUACCCGACUAUGACCGAGUGGCUCCCAACAGAGAAUCGUACGUUGACCUUGCUGCCUUUCCCAGCUUGCUGGAUGCAGUCAGUUACAUCAAGAACGCAUCUCAGUCUGAAUCACUGUACUUGCUACACCACACGUACCGUGGUCAGCCAAUGAACAGUGAGAAACUGACCAAGACAUUUCGACUAAACGUGUGCUCACAGAGUGAGGACGAUCUAGGGAAAUGGUGUUCGUUGGUCAGACGCUGGGAAACCCCGCAAGGAAAAGAAGAACUCGUGCAGAAAUCCUACUACAACUAUGCGGCUACAGUAGAAAGAGAAUGCGCAAAGCCUGGCUCCAUGUCCAUACUUGUCCCUGACAAGUAGCAAUGAAUCUUAUUCUGCCAAAAACCUACGCACACAGAUUUGUCAGGCAGAUGAAAUUGGAUUAUUUGACACGCUCUUUCAGCUAUCAGCAGAACUCGAACCAAGAGCAUUCUCUUUCGGCAAGCUCCACUGUCAAAAGUUUCUCAAAACGCUGUGUUCAGUCUAGCCGUUAUGAGCUCAUUCAGAUUUGAAGACUUACAACUGCGUGCAUUUGCCAUUCAUUACAAUACACGAUAGUAUAGAAUAUAGUUCAAGUAGUGCGUGAGUCCACGUUCAGAAGUGGAAAUUGAAAUCCAACGACUAUUCUACUCUUCACAAACCAGUGCUCUUUUUUCUAGAUUGCAUAUACAACGUGAACUGUGUGUGCAAGGUGUAAGUAUCGUAUGACCUAGAAACAGGGCACCACCUCCACAAUACGACCACGAAAGGACGAGUUGGCAGGGUGCUCUCGUGGUAAAUGUGUCAGGUACAUUACGCCAGUCUACGUCUUUUGACUCUUUUCCUGUCAAGCCGGAGGGCAUUAAUGGCCGCCAAUUUUAAUAAUAAAUGGCAUUAUUUACUUUUUUGCGCUGUGCUUGUCUACCGGUAUGACUACAUUGACAUACAU